AUGGCCCAGUCCGCUUUUGACACCCCGUUUGAUCAGCUUCCGAACCCUAAGCAGGUUUGGAUGGGAAAGCCCGGAAGCUACGAAGAAGGCCUGGGCAAGCUGGCCAUUCUCACCCCUGAAAUCGUUGCGAAGGCAGCCGCCAGUGAGAUCAAAUGCGGCCGCCGCGUGACGAUGGGAUGGGAGCUGACGAAGUUGGAUUAUCCUAAUCUCAACCGCCAGCCAUGUCACCAUCAGAUUGUGCCUCUUUUGGGUGGUGUGGCAUUUGACGACAUCUAUUCUAUGAACCCGCAGCAGAGUAGUCAAUGGGAUGGUCUUCGUCACUUCUCGCAGAUCGUCCCGGGCCAGUCUGAACGGGUUUUCUACGGUGGAACGACCGCUGAAGAGAUCAAUGAUCGUCAGAAUGAUCGCAUUGGUCUUCAGCAUUGGGCACGUGAAGGCAUCGCAGGACGUGGAGUCUUGAUCGACUACGCGACGUGGGCCGAGAAAAGGGGAAUCACGUAUAGCACAUUCUCGACCCAUCAAGUACGUCUCACGGACAUCCUGGAGAUCGCCCAGGAGAACAACAUCACUUUUCAAAAGGGCGAUAUCCUGUUCGUCCGUAUCGGGGUAACCAAAGAGUGGGACACGGUUAUGACCGACGCUCAAAAGCAAGCCUAUUCGGACAACUCUAGCCCGGAGCACGCCGGGGUCGAGGCCACGGAAGAGGUUCUCCGCUGGUUGUGGGACAGCGGAUUCGCGGCCAUUGCCAGCGAUGCUAUUAGUUGGGAGGUUUACCCACCGCAAUCCCCUGACAUCUUCCUCCACGAGUACGUCCUUGCAGGAUGGGGUAUGCCGAUCGGUGAACUUUUCGAUUUAGAAGCACUAGCACGAUCCUGCGAGGAACUACAACGGUGGACCUUCUUCGUCACGUCCGUGCCAUUGAACAUGCCCGGUGGGGUCUCGUCCCCUCCCAACAUUAUGGCGAUUUUCUAG